CCCGUACAUCCCAAUUUUUUUGCUGCCAAAAUUUGCCCCUUUCGAAUAUAAGGAACCCUAACGCUGUAACUCGCAGUCGGACACUCGUCACUGAAAAAAUCUCACCACCUAAACGUCAUCUCGAAGGAAAUGGCUGACGCGUUUGACGACGAAGUUGAUGCGGAGCCCACGAUUUCGAUUGGCGAUUACCUAAAAGCUGUUGAGGAAGAGGAGCUGGAAGCAGAUUUGGUUCUUGGAGGCGAUGAAGGUAAGGAGUGUACCUACAACAAAGGAUACCUUAAGAGGCAAGCUAUUUUCUCGUGUUUGACCUGCACACCUGAUGGGAACGCCGGGGUUUGCACAGCUUGUUCUUUAUCCUGCCAUGAGGGCCACGAGGUUCUGGAACUAUGGACCAAAAGAAAUUUCAAGUGUGACUGUGGGAACUCAAAAUUUGGUGAGUUCUUCUGCAAGCUCAUGGCAAGCAAAGAUGUAGAGAAUUCAUCCAAUAAGUACAACCACAAUUUCAAGGGAACUUACUGCACAUGUGAUCUGCCAUACCCUGAUCCAGAUGUCGAAGAACAAGUGGAGAUGAUUCAGUGUUGUGUUUGUGAGGACUGGUUUCAUGAGGAGCAUAUUGGUCUUCAGCCUGAUCUCAAGAUCCCUAGGGAUGAAGAAGGCGAGCCUCUAUACGAGGACUUUAUCUGCCAGGGGUGUGCAAAACUCUGUUCUUUCUUGAGUUACUAUUCCCAAAUCAUCUCAGCACCAAAUACUUCAGAUAUUAGUACUUCAGGUGCUCUGAAGGAAAAGGCUGUUUUGGAAAACAAUAAUUCGGUAUCAGCAGGCAAUCAUGAGAACAGCAGUUGUUCCCUUGAACCGAGCAGCUCGAGCAAUGUUAAUUCCAAUACUGCCCCUCCAGAGGCUAACAAUAUAGAAGGUGCAGCUAAGGAGUGUACUGAAGUUGCUGGCCAGAGUAGCGAAUGCAUUUUCGAACGCCUGGUCGGGAAAGGUGUCCCACAGUCUGCUGAAAAUAAUAAGCCGCUUUUUCUUUCUAAAAACUGGAGGGAAACACUCUGCACUUGUGGAAAAUGUUCAGAAAUGUAUGCACAGAAUGGAAUUAGCUUCUUGCUCGACAAAGAGGAUUCUAUUGCCGAGUAUGAAAAAGUGGCAAAGCAGAGGCGGAGUGAGAAUAUGCAGAAACAGGAGGGUGCGGAGAUGAGUUUUCUCAAUAAUCUCGGCCAUGUUGAGAAGAUGGAAAUACUGAGUGGGAUUGCGGAUAUGAAGAACGAGAUAUUUUCAUUCCUGGAGUCGUCCGACCCCUCAAAGCCUAUCACGACUGCAGACGUGCAGCAGGUUUUUGAGAAUCUCGCCAAGAAGAGAAAGCAUGACAUUAUCAAAAUGUCUAAGACUCGUGAUAAGAAGCAUAAGAAGCAAAGAGUUCCGAAUAAGGGUCAGAACAAUGUUUCUCAAGAUAAGUCUUCAAAAGUUCGGAGAUUUAUGGACACGAGAUCCUCGAUGAGACAGGGUGCUCUUGCAAAGCGGAGGACAAAUUUUCAGGGAAAUCAGUUCCCUCUGGCUGCUGAGGCCGCUAAAAAGGCUGCUGCUGCUCCUAUCCGCAGCAGAGCAUUCAGCAGAAAUAGGCAAUUUAAUGUGAAUACAAGGGUUGAGGUAAUGUCUGUCAGGAAGAAUUCUGCAAAUAGAAGUGGAUUUAAGAAACCAGUGCAGCAAACCAAUGCAGGCCCCAAGCAGAAGCCUCAGACAUUGGACUCUCUCUUUGCUAACAUGAAGGAAGAAAGAAUGAGGUCAGCCUCUCAACAGAGUAAUGGUUCGGGAAGAAAUGGUGGGACCCGGCAUGUAGUUCCUUGGGCAAGAGGUCAUCAGUACAAGUAAUACAUUGCAGCCCAAGUUUAGUGAAGAGAAACUUUUUUUAGCUCAUUUGUAUAGUUUGGCAAGAUUUUAACUCAUGCAGUGUUGGAUUCAAAUCUAUACAUUUGACGAUCCACGGUGAUAAAAUAAAUAUUGUGCUCGUUUGACAAUAUGUGGGAUUUAUUCUCUCGUCCAUUUUUUUGUAUUUUGCCAAUUAUUGACAGGAGUGCUAAUAAAAUGUCGGUCUUUCUUGGUGUGAUUAUCUACGAGCUUAUUAAGUGCUAUAAACAGGUUCUGUAAGUCUGUAUACGCAUGGGGAGUGUAUUAUGAGAUGUGUAUAAUGAAUUCUUACAUAAUAUCUUAUAAGAUGUUGGGCAAUUUUCAUCAAAAGA